ACGCUAGCAAAGGACGAUCGAACAUGGGAGCACCUUUCCCGUGAGCGGGCAUUUCCUGCUCCACUCCUCGCCACCUCGGCGUCGGCUCUGCUUCCGCUCUCCUGCCUCUCCAUCUCUCUGCCCCGCCGGCACCAUGGACCCUCCUCCGCCGCUGGUCACGAGCUCUCCACGCUCGGCGCUACCAGCGCAGCCUCUGCACGCCCAGGCCACGGGUGCGUCCACUGGUCCUCCGCUGCCUCUGCCCGCAAGCUCUCCAGGCUCGCCGCUACCGGCCGCGUCCAUGGAGACGCCGGUCCCCGCGGCGCCUGCCCCGCUCCCGCCGCCGGCAAGGCCGACCCCGCCGCCGUACACAGCGGAGGAGGGGAUCUUCAGGGAAUUCGCCUGCCGCCGCGCCCUCACCACAGAUGAGAAGAUGUUCUCUCGUGAGUGCAACGCAGGUUCAGAAACCCUGUACCUGUAUGGCAACAGUGAUGGGAGUUGGGAGCUGCGGCCGCCAAAGUUGCUCAUACCACCUGGCCAGCCUGAUCCGAGAAUGCUCGGCGUUAAACUGGUGAGGGGUGACAUGAAACACCCAAAGUGGCUUAGACACAUUGCUAUGCACUGUGAUGCAUGGCUCAUUCGGAUCUCCUUCUUCCUUGGCGCCAAUUUGGGGACUCGAGCAAGGCAGCGCUUGUGUGCUAUGAUCAACAGUCUGCAAACUGUUAAUGAAAAAGUUGCUGCUAGUGACACAUAUCACCACAUAUGUCAUCUAGAGAAAAUGAGUUAUAGGUUGGUUGUUGCACAGAAUGAGGAGAUCGAGGACGAGGAUGAAGGCUGUGGUACUGAGCCAACCAUCUGUGGUAGCUGUGGUAACCGUUACCAUACGAACGGGUUCUGGAUCUGUUGCGAUGUGUGCGAUCGUUGGUUCCAUGGUAAAUGUGUGAAGGUAACGGCUGCUCAAGCAGAGCACAUAGAUAAAUAUGAGUGCCCUGAGUGCUGCUCCGACAAGAAAGGGCACGAUUACAAUGCGGACCCAAUGCUUUCUGUUCUGUAUAAGCAAUACUAGAUACGCCCUUGAGUCCCAAGUCGCAUGGAGCUAGUGGAUGUGAACUCUUCUGGACUUCUUUCCUGCCAUAUGGAUUGUUGGACUAGCUGUUGAGAUAGUAAGCGAACUUGUCGGGAGUCUGGAUUGCAUCAUGCUCUGAUUAUCUAGUCAUGAGACACUGGCGAUUAAUCUCAAUGUUUCUGCACUA